UGUCUAUGGCAAGAAAUAUUUUAUUUCAUGGCUUGUGCUUGGCGUAAUUUUAUUUAUUUCGUGUUUUAUGAGAAAGAAAUCCAAAUGAAAUGAAGUUACAACUUAAUAAAUCAAUGUUAAGACUAUAGAAAACUAUAACUGUGUAAACCAUUGUUUCAUAAUGUCUGGAGGUUUAGUGGAUAAAGUUUAUAUCGGAUUGGAUAAUGCCCCAGCUGCAUUUGAUAUAAAAGGACGCAUUUUGGGACCUAAUGGCACAAACUUGGAAUACAUAAGGUCGGAAACCGGUGUUGUGCCCGUGCUGAAAGGCGACAAAUUCGAACCUCUCCACUUGGCCCUGCACCACGCCAGAGCGGAGGCUAUCGGGGCGGCAAAGUCUUUGGCCCUGAACCUGAUAGAGACGAUAAAGGCGGAGUUGAUUCAGUGGAGCGCCGCGCAGGGGGCAGGGCCGCCGCCCGCGCUGAACGUGCCGCCGCCGACGCUCACCACGAGCAGCGCCGCGCCGCCCGCGCCCUCCGCACCCCCCGCGCCGCUUACCAUGACCACCCCCUCCAGUCUCGCCUCCGCGCAGCCCGCGGUGCUGCCCCCGGUGGUGAGCGUGCCUGCCGCCCCCGCGCCGCUCAUGACCGUGCGCCAGCCCACCGUCCUGCAGCUCCUGCAACCACAACAGCACCAGCAGCAGUAUGUCCUCAACCAGGAGAGUGGACAGCUCAUCCCCAUAGUGCAGCCGGGACAGAUGCACAACUCCCUCACCUCACUGCCGCUGGGUCAGUCACUGAGCUCUCUACAACAGCCCAACUUUGGCACCCAGUUGGUUGAUCUAUCGAGCAUGCAGCCAGUGAAUGUCACUCAGCUGAGGUUGAGUGGGGUUCCUUCUUCAAUGUCCAUGAUUUUGCCCAACGGGCUUCUACAGCAGGGUAUGAACACUCUGAACGCUAAUGACACUACAACUGUGAGUACAGCGACAUCAACCCCUGUAGUGUGUGCUGCUCAGAACACUAACUCCUCACAAAAGAUUCUGUACAGUACUGACAAAGUGGGAGAGAAGACAGACAUAAAGUACCAGAUCCAGGGGUCGGACACAGUGCAGUGGAGCAUGCCGGGCUCACAGACCAUGCUCAUACCGUACCAGCAGCUGCAAGACUCCGGACUGGCUAACAUACAACAUCAGCAAUUUGUUUCAAUAGCUCCAGCGGGUGGGCUCCCGCAGACCUCGCUGCCGCUCACAGCGGCCCAGUUCCAACAACUGCAAGCCACUGGCACCAUCAUGCAUCUCAAUCAAAAGCCUAUCACAUGCAGUGGCUCAUUAAUAAACAUAAUAUCAACUGGACAAGCGUCUUCACCACAGAUUAUAUCAAGUUCAGCGACACCAACAAAACUGAAUAACCAGGACCAAAGAGGUCAGAAGAGAUUGUCUGAUGGCACUCCUAGCCAGUUGCAGCUGAGGCCCAUUGCACCCGCCGGGUCGCAUGUAAGCCAGGAGAAGGGGUCGACUCGAGACACCAGGUCUUGGCAGACAGCCUCAGCUAGAGACAAUACCGUUGUCAGUAUGGGAAUGAAAAUUAAUCCAGCUCACGGGACUAUCAUACACGUGUCUUCCGGACAGCAGACUAGCGUAUCCACAACGGGCGUCACUCAAGACGGCUCGGGCAUGUACAUCCGGCACAUCGACCGCAACCAGAUCCAGAUCCAGGGCAAGGACAUACAGAAGCAGGACGCGGGCAAGAUACCGGGGCAGAUGCAGAUGAUCAACCUGCCGGCGGGCAUGGUGUUGCAGAGCCCGCUCGGGCUCGGCCAGGUGCCCGUGCUGGGGCAGCCGAACAGCCAGGUCUACAUGAUACCCGCCAACCAGUCCAACUUACUGCAGCAGGGAGGUCUCCCCCAGGGCUUCCAGCAGAUGUUGCAGCCGGGACAGAAUGUGACGGUCAUGCAGCCCAACCAGCUCGGCAUGCAUAAUAAUGUGCAAUACAAUGUGCCAUUAAUGCACAUGAACAUGCAGCCGAAUACUCAGUAUAUUUCUGGACUGAAUCUGAAUAGCCAGUUCUCGGCGCAGCAGCUGAACGCGGCACUCGGGCAGCAGCUCGGGAACCUCGGCAGUAUUCCGAUAGUGCAGGCGCCGCCCGGCUCGCCCAUGCCGCAGGCGCCGGCGUCGCAGCAGCAACAGAUACAGCAGAUCUUGCCGCAGAACUCGUUCCUGGCGCCGACGUCGCAGUACAACCUCCCGCAGCAGUACGUGAUGCAGCAGAGCCAGCCCAUGAGCCAGCCCGUGCAGUACAGCCAGCCCGCGCCGCCCAGCGCGCCCGCCGCCGACACCGAGGCCCCGCCCAAUGGAACCACCGCCACCAACCAGAACAACUACAUCACCUCCUCGCAGGAAAACUUCACGAUAGCGAGCAACCAGAACACGGCCAGCGCCAGCCAACAGAACUUCCAGAGCGAGACCGCCACGCCGCCCACUACGGUCUACGCGGGGAGCAAUCAGACCGCUAACACGCAGAACUACACGGCGACGAACGGCUCCAGCACCCCGGCGUACAGCGCGCCGCCCGCCACCACGCAGCCGCCGCCCUACAACGCGGCCGCCGCGCCCGCCCAGAACGUGCCCCAACCCUACACGCCGCCCACUGUGCAGAACGUGUCGCAAGCGAACUACUCCCCGUCCGCUACCCCCGUGCCGAACCAGACCUACACCGCACCAGGCCUGCCUAAUACACAGUUCCAACAAGGCAACCCGUACCCCAACGCGACGGGACAAAACAUGGCGGCGUACGCCAACAACCAGUACCAGUACAACAUGCAGGCGCCCAGCCGGCCGUGGUUCCGCCCGCGCUACGCCAGCCCCCAGGGCUCGCCCUACCCCCCCGCGCAGCCCCCCGCGCCCCCCGCGCCCCUGCAGGUGCCGCCCCCGCAGCCCAACUACAACUACUGGCAGGAGAACAGUUGAGAUAGCGACAUCGUAUUCUAUGAACCGCAAUGGCUCGGUGAUCAGUUAGAAUAACUAGGCUAAGUAUGUACAAGAGACUGCUUUAUAGUAUAGUGAAUAUACAUAUGAGAUAUGUACAGUUUAUUCCGAAUGAUAUUUUUAAGUGUAAUAGACAAAUAAAUAUACUUAUACCGUGUAAAA